UUCACUGUCAAUUCGAGAGCUGCGACGAGUACGCUCGCGUCUAUUACGUGGUGUGUUUAUAGUGAAGUGGAUUUUGUGAUGAGAUUAUCGAAUGUCGUGAAGUGAAAGAUAGUGUUGUUUUUCUAACAAAGUGUAACUUGAGUGUUUGAAACAAUGUCUAUGGUUUACUAGUGCGAUAAAUCAAAAUGUGUAAAGCACCGUUGUGUGCAAAAUUGUUUUUUGCCACGUAGUGACGCGAACGGGUAAUGAUUCCUAAUGUGGAGCUCGAAGCAAGAUGGUUAGAGAGACUCGGCACCUGUGGGUUGGCAAUUUACCCGAUAACAUUCGUGAAGAUCGAAUAAGGGAGCACUUUAAACGCUAUGGCCGAGUCCAGAAUGUCAAGCUGCUGGGAAGAACGGAGAGCGGAAGCACAGUUGCGACCGCAAGUGCGACUCCAAGUAGUGGCGUUUGCGCGACUGUCGCCUUCAUGGACAUCAAGUCGGCGUCGAAGGCGCACAACGCGGAGCACGUACUUGACGAGCGCACGCUCACCACCGAGUACUACGAGCCGGCCGCGAUCCCGUCGGCAGCGGGCGCGCCCUCGGCCGGCUCUUCGCCCGCCGGCUCCGGUUACUCUGGAUCUUCGUCCUCCGUGAACUCCACACCGGCCCCCUCCACCGUCUCGCGUUAUCAUCUUUCUGGUGGCGAAGAGAGCACAGGUAGCGCAUGCCCGAUAGCUGCGACUGCGGCUGCGCCGGCUAACUGGCGGGGAACCAACGAUAGCGCCUCCGAGUACUGCCGACGGGGGAACACGCCCGCUGCCUACGGUCGCUACCAGAGGAACAACUCCAACGCACCUUAUUCCACGCCUCCUUCCAACGUCGAAAGAACUACCCCCCUUCACCGGUGGUACGCCAGCGGCGAGCGAGGAGGCGGCGGCGGCGCGGGCAGCGGUGGCGGCGGCGGGGGCGCCACGGGCGGCGAGAGCACGCCGAGCACGCCGGGCGGCGGCACCGAGGGGGGGCGGCGGCGGCGGCUCUCGGGCUCGGGCUCCUCGCGCUCGGAGUCGUCGUCGCCCGAGCCCAGCGACACCUCGCGCGCCUCCACGCCGCACGCGCCGCCGCCGCCGCUCGCCCACGCGAACCAUCGCACCCCUUCCACGCCCUCCCAUCACCAGUGGUCGUCGACGGCGAGUGGGAGACCAUUAGCCAUUUGCGUGAGAAACCUACCCACGCGAUCGACUGAUAGUUCCCUUAAAGAUGGUCUUUACCACGAGUAUAAGAAGCACGGGAAGGUGGUGUGGGUGAAGGUGGUCGGUCAGAACGCCGACCGGUACGCGGUGGUGCGCUUCAAGAAGCCGUCCGACGUAGAGAAAGCGCUCGAGGUGUCACAAGACAAGCUUUUUUUUGGAUGCAAGAUCUCAGUAGCACCUCACCAAAGUUGCGAUGAAGAUGCCGAUUCGGCGAAACCUUACGAGACUGAUAUCGACGAGUACCAUCCGAAAGCAACUAGGACAUUAUUUAUCGGUAACUUAGAAAAGGAUGUAACGCAGCAGCAGUUGAGAGAAAAAUUUAAACAUUUCGGGCGUAUAAUCGAGAUCGACAUCAAGAAGGGCAGCGGAGGCGGGGCGGGUUACGCGUUCUGCCAGUACGCCUCGAUAUCCAGCGUCGUCGAGGCCAUCCGCGCCAUGGACGGCGAGUACGUCGGCGGCUCGCGCGUCAAGCUCGGCUUCGGCAAGCCCGUGGCCACCACGUGCGUGUGGGUCGACGGCCUCACGGAGCACACGGAGAAGCAGGUGCUGGGCGCCAUCUCGCGGUGCGGCGCGGCGACGUCGGUGUGCGUGGACCGCGCGGCGGGCGCGGCGCUGGUGCACUUCGAGCAGGCGGCGGCCGCGGGCGCCGCGGUGCGGGAGCUGCGGCGCGUGGCCGCCUCCGCCUGCGCCGCCGCCGCCGCCGCCGCGCCCGCGGAGCCCGACCACCCGCGGCUGUGCGUCGACUAUGCCUCCCGCGAGUGCCAGGAGGCGUUCUACGAGCAGCUGGAGAAGCACGGCGGCACGGCGGCGCUCAGCGGGCUGGACCGCCUCACCGGCGAGGUCUCCACCUCGCGCUACCUGUCCACUGCGCGCCACGACGCUCUGAGGUACGAGAACAGCACGGGCCGCGCGCGCGCCGCCAGCUACGGGCGCAGCGCGUCCCGCACGCCGCGCUACCCCGCGCUCGAGCACUACGAGGCGCCCGACUACACGCCCGAGCGCCGCUACAGGGUAUACGAAGAACUAGGUUCCAGUCCACAAGCGGAUGACACUCCAUUUGACGAUCGGUUGCAGUCCGUUGUUGUUUCCCCGCACCGGGCACGACGACAUAGAAGGGAUUCCAGUCCUGAAGACCGAAAACAUUCAAAGGAGCGACAUCGAAGCGCAGGGGGCAGCGUCGUCAGCGUCAGCUGCGCGGGGGCGGUGCGGCGCUCGCGCUCCGGCUCGCGCGGGGAGCGCCACGUGCGCCGCCGCCACCGCCGCCGCCGCGACGGCUCCGGCUCGCGCGCCGGCACCCCGCUGCGCGACGAGCCCGACGCGCCGCCCUGCGAGCCGCGCCGGCCGCCGCGCGAGCGCCCGCCCGCCUCGCCGCCGCGCCCGCCCUCCGCCUCCUCCUCCAGCGCCGGCUCCGCGCCGCACUCGCCGUCGCUCGAGGAGCGCAUCCGCAGCCUCGACGAGAAGUACGAGAAGUGGAGCGGCUCGCGCGCCGUCGCCGACGCGCCCGACCGCUCGCGCCUGCGCCACCGCCUGCUCGAGGUGGACAUCAACGAGGUGAAGCCGUCGGAGGUGGUCCGCUCGCUGCUGGCGAAGCGGUCGGUGUUCGACGAGGACUCGGAGCGGCUCGAGGGCGCCGUGCGCGCGCCCAGCCCGGCGGGCAGCCCGCGCGCCCGGGCGCCGCCGCUGACGCCGCGCGUGCUGCGCUACCCCUUCCCCGGCCACCCGCCGCCGCCGCCGCCGGACGCCGACGACCCCGAGCGCCCGGUCGACCCCCGCCUGGGCCGCGUCGCCGGCGACCGCCCUAAAUUCGCAGAGAUCGACAGGUUCGAAUCGAGAGUCCGCCCGAGAACGCCCUCCACGGAUAGAUCGCAGCUCGAUUCCAACGACCGCCGAUCCCCUCGAGCGGAUGCGGAGCUGGAUUCGGAGAAGACUACCGCCGAGGGGCGGAGAAGAAAUUCACUCUUCGGGACGAACAGGAGUUUGUCCGAUGUCAGUGCGGAGAUGGAUCACGCCCCACGCCCCGAUGGUGCUGAAAUUGAACUUCGAAGUAAAGAAGAAAACCUUCCUCUGAUAUCGGAGCGACGGCAUUCUAUAGGAAGAACCCAAGAAAAUAUCGGAGGACCGCCGGUGGAAAGGAAAGAAAAUUUUAAACAUAACGUGGACGAUAAACAGCCAGAUACGCCGCUGGUCGGUCAGAAUGAAGAUAAACCUCGAGAGUUCCCGGAAACGCUUCUUAAACGAAUCGGAAGCUACCAGGACGUUGUGAAAACGGAACCCCUUGUUGAGAAGAGGUCCAAAUCCAUCGAAGAAUACAACAAAUCUGAUUUACCCGCUCAUAUUCAUGAAGAAAUUAAAUCGAAUCUAGAAAAUGAAACGGGAACUUUGAAAUUGGAAGAAUUUAUCCCGAAAAUUAAAAAUGAAUGUGAAAAAAGCAAAGAAGUAUUCAGUAAUCACGUCAAAAAAGAAAGAGAGUUUCUAGAAGUAGAAACACCACAUAAUCAUUUGAAUACCCAUAACUUAGUUAAAAUAAAUAAAGAUGUCCCUGAACUAAACCAAGAAUUAUUAAAAAGUAGUGAAAAGAAUGGUAAAGAGAGAUACAGUCAGAAUAUGAUGCUAGAGGUUCUACAUAUGACCAAACUAGAAAAAGAAAAUAUUGAGUUUGAAAAAUGCUUUGAAAAGGAUAAAUUCAGCAGCAACUCACAUUUUUUUGGAGAGAAGAAGAUGUUAGACAGUGAAAAAUUGAUAGAAGACCGGAUAAGGAGUGAAAUAUUACGACACUGUAAAGACCGACAUGAAAAAGAAAAGGUAGAUAAUGAAAAGGACAAGGCGAAGUCUUAUAAACGUGAGAAAAGUGCCGACAAAAGUGAAAAAGAUAAAAGGACUAAAGAUGAGAACGCUGAAAAGCCACACAGUGACAAAAGUGAUAAGAACAGAGACAGUGAAAAGUCAUAUAAAGAUAGAAGUGAUCGAGAUUCUGAAAAAUCAAAACAUUCUGAAGAAAAAUCUUCUCGACAUGAUCACCAUAGAAAAGAAAAAAUAGAUAAAGAUAAACGAAAGGACUCUGUUGACAGUGAUACGAAAGGUAAGAAGGAUGACAGAUCUAAACACGACAAGUCUCGAAAAGACAGCAGCGAGUCAAAACGAGAUAGUAAAAAGGAAUCCGAUCAUUUAAAAUCAAGAAAGUCUUCCAGAGAUGAAACGUCAAGAGACAUUUACAGAAAAGAUUCCACAGAUUCCUCAACAUCCAGAGCUUCUCAUGAUUCGUCCAAAUUAAAGGAUUUAGAUGUUAAUGAAGUAAAAGAAGAAUCAAAGUUAAAGAAACAACUUAAUGAAGUGAAUUGUAAGUCAGAAUUUGAAAAGGAAUCCACGUCAAAAUGCUUGGACAUUCUAAAAUUCGAGCCUAUUGUAAAAAUUAAAGUAGAAAAAGAGAGGAAAGACCUUUUAGAUCAACACAAAAGCAAAAACGACAAUACAUCGGAACAUUCCAUAAAAAUCAAGGGAGAUAUCACAGAGAAACAAAGACAUUAUUCUCUUGACUCUCCCAGUGUUGAUUCAAAACGUAAAGAACGACUAAAUUCAUGUUCAAGUUUGCCUUCGAACAUCGGCCAUAAGAGAAGAAUGUCGUCGCAAGAUAGUCUUGACUACAUGACAGAAGAUUUGAAAAAAUCUAAAAAUAGUGAACCUAAAUCUGGCCUCGAACGUAGGGAUUCAAAAGAUUCCAGGAGUACCGACCGACAUAAAACUACCAAAUUUAACAAGGGCCAUUUCGCAAAAUUAAUCGAAAGUAAAACUAAAGACGAUAGAAAAAAUCAAGUGAAACCUCCAGAUGAUGCGUUUGAAGUGAAAAAUAACGAACAUAAAGACGAAAAAUUAAGUUUUGAAAAACAUAAACAUUUGAAAAGGAGUCCUACGAUAGAACAAGAUGACAAAUUUAACCCAGAAUCACAAAACGAUGGUUUACAUAAAGAUAUUGAUUUCCUCGCUACAUUAGAACUUAGGUCGAGUGAAGAAGAUGAAAAGCAAAAGGCUCUUAGAAAAGAAAUGAAAGAAAAGAAACGAAUUCAGCAGUUGCAACAAAUUCAAGAACUUCAAAUGCAACAAGAUGCCUUACAACAAGCUGAAUUAAUCAAUAAAGAUAAGAAACAAAAGACUGACGAAAAGAAAAAGGAGGUAGCGCGAGACAAACGUUUAUCCACUGAUCGAAAAAGUCGAGAUGAGAAAAGUGACAGCAGCAAACGUAAAAGUCGGAAAACUGCACCGAGCACUGAUAGCUCGGACUCUGACGAACCCAAAAAGCACUCUAUUUUUGACAUAAUAGAUGAUGGACCUACUUAUAUAUCAAUGUACGAUAAAGUUAAGGCUCGAUCAUGUAAAAACAUGCAGAAACAGGAAGAAGAAAAGCGUCAAGAGAAAAUAAAAGCUAAGUUUAGUCAGCUAAAGCAAAGUAGAGCUAAACGUGAAGAAAAGAAACGAUCCAGUUGGGAUGAAGAUAGUGAUUCUGAAAAUGAAAGAAAGAAGCCACAUAAAUCUUCAAUGGAUAGUUCUACCGAUGACGAUAACAUGAUGAUUCAUAACAAAAAACGUGAAAAGGUACAUGCAUCUUCUAGCCUUGAUUUUGAUCGUACUAAAGCCAAUGACUAUUUUAACAUGCCAAGUAAUGAAGAAGACUCGUGUAACAAAUUAUCACGCAAAAACUCAAGAACCCGUAUUAUGUCUGAUACGUCUGAUGAUGAAAUGUCGAAGCGAAGUGUGAGCAAGAGUCCAAAUUUCAUCAUUGAUCUCAAAAAAGAUACAUCUGAUUCUGAAUCAUUGCACAGGACUAAAGAUCUCGGCAAUGCGUCGUCAAAAGAGUCUAGUGAAGAUAAAGUUAAAAAGAACUCUUUAUUGAAUCUAUUCGGAAAAAGUGACAGCGAUGACAGUAAACUAAAAUCUAGCUUAGAAACUGACAAUGAAUACAAACCUAGUUUCACAAAAGCUAUUCCUAACGACUUUUCCUCUGAAAGUGAUUCAGCAAUGUGUAGUAGAAAUAUUGGAGAAGUUCGCAAGAAACAUAGGAAAAAGCAGAAGAGACACAAAUCUAUACUAUCUGAUGUUGAAAACAAGUGUGAUAAUGAUGCUGCGAGUCAUGACAAUGACGUAAAACAUAAGAUAUCAGAAAAAGUUCGUCGUCACAGUACCAAAAAAGAAAAACGGAAGGACAAAAUUCGCGAAAGUGUAGAUACGGAUGAAACGCGCGAUGAAAGAAACAAGCUUAAAAGAGACAAGAAAUUAACGAACUGUAGUUUUGAUGCUGUUUCAGAAAAUGUUUCGAAGAAGGAUGGUAAAAUGGAAGAUAUAUUUGGGCCACUUUCAGAUGAAUCUGACAGAGAAUCUAGAGCAAAUAAUAAGAUAGAAUUUCCUUCCCAUACAUAUGAAUCGACAUUCAGUUCUGUUAAUGAUCAAAACAAUACUACCGAUGAUGGAAAAUCCAAAGAUAAAGACGAUAAUAAACGCAAAAAAGACAAGAAGCGGAAAGAAAAGCGGCUUUUUUCCAAGGAAGAUGAUAAUAGCUUAGAUGUAGAUGCCGUGAGUAAAGCAAUAGAAGCACGAUUAUUUGCCGAGUCAAUCACCGACGAUGAUAACCGUUCAGGCCUAGACACAAUAUCAGAUUAUUCUAAGAAAAAUAUGAACGAAGAUAAUGAAUUGAAGCACUCUGGCGAUGGCACAACUGAUAAAACGAAUGAUAGACAUUGCGACAAGAUGAAAAAAGAGUGCAGGGAAAAGAAGAAAAAGAAAAAGAGAAGUAGAGAGGACCGUCAAAAUCGCAAAGAGCAUCAUAAUUUUUUCCAUCAUGAUAAAAUGGAGAACUCUGACAUAUCAAUUGAACAAUCAGAGCUUGAAAUAUCUACUAAGGAUAUGUUGUUAGACAUUCCUUUACCUAGUGAUAUACCAACAUCUACAUUGUCCGACAAAUCUGACGACAAUAAGUCACUUUCCCAAUCUCCUAGCUUGCCUCGACUAACAGACAGCCCCCCGGUAUUAAUUCAGAGCAGCGAGUCGGAAACGAAAAUAAGUGGCAAUGAGUCCCCAACCAACUCCUCUAUGGAUAUUAGUAUGGAAAUUGAUUAUCCUGAAACAAAACAAAUUGAAGUUGAUGACAUUCCGAUGCCACCGCCUAUUGAAAGCAUUGACAUCAGUGAAGUGCCUUUACCAGAAGACCCACCCUUAGAAUCCCAAUUCGAAACAGAAGUUUUCAUGGAUGCUUUCGACGAAGUAGAAGAUAUUGACAAUAGUGAAAGCGCCGUUCGCAGCAUCUCUAAUUUACCAAUAGAAACUGAGAAGCCGGUAGAAAAGAUCGAGAUUCCUUGCAAGAUGGAUAAAAAAGUAGAAGAGAAACCUAGAGCUAUCAUUUCACAAGAAGAGACAGAAGAUGCAGUAGCUGCCUUGUUAGGUGAAAGCUUUGGCGGAAAAGUAAAUUCAUUUUCGGAUUGCUAUGAAAAUGUAGAAAGUGACGUUACCAGUCAAACCGAAAUUGAAAGAGCUUCUAUAGAGACCGAAAAUAUUCCGGAAGAAGACGCAGAAGAAAUGAGACAAGCAGUCCAAAAUCUUAACGCAAGUGCAAUGGAAAUGAAACCCGAUACACCUGAGAAUGUUUUGCUUAUUGAUACCGAUACUGAAGAGCACGAAGACAAUACUACUACUACGACUGCAACAAGUACAACAACUACUUCUACUGCGGCUGUUGCUUCUACUGCGGCUGUUGCUUCUACUGCGGCUGUUGCUUCUACUGCUACUGUAGCUUCUACAGUUGCUGUUACUUCUGCUGCUGUGACUGAAGUUGCGGAAAGAUUGCCCGUGAAUAUCAUCACCACCAGCAAGCCUAUUGUAAGCGUAAGUUCAGAUUCAACCAAACCGAUAGUGUUGUCUAACAUAUUAAUAUCUAAAGCAAAACCCACAGCUAUGGAAGUUGUUACUCCUGAAUCGAGUGGAAUUAGCAUAAAAACAAACGAAUCUGCCAUAACAACCGAUCAAGUAAAAGCGAGUGACCAUGGUAAAAUAAAUGAACUUGUAAGAACAAGCGACUAUGGUAAAAUUAACGAGCGUGUUAGAACAAGUGAAUACAGUAGAAUAAAUGAACGUGGAAGAUCAAGUGAACAUGGCAAAAUAAACGAACAUGUAAAAAGAAAUGAACAGGUUAAAACUAGCGAGCAUGUUAAAGUAAAUGAACAUCCUAAUGUAAGAGAACAGGUUAAAACAAGUGAAAAUGCCAGAACAAGUGAAGUGGUUAAAACAAGUGAGCAUGUCAGAACAAGUGAACCAGUUAAAUUUAAUGAACAUAAUGUAAAAGUAAGCGAACCAGGUAUUAAGAUUCAACUUGCUAAACGCGAUGGUCCUCAACAAAAGACUUCUACAGCGACACCUGUCAUAACUUCUUGGACCUUAGCCAAUAAUAAGUUAAUUGAACCUCAGGUCAUAAAUAUUCAGACAAGUCCUCGAGCAAGUAGAGACAAAAAUGAUGGCAAACCCACACAUAUUACUGCAAAUAUUGUACAAAUAAGGGCACCCCACACUCAGAAUAUGCCAGUUAACAACUCGAUAAGGCCAAUUAUUACUCCCGCUAGAGUUAGUGCACCAUCAUAUCAAGUGAUAAAUCAAGUCAUUCGACCUCAAACAUCUAAUAUGCAACCACCAACAAUAAAGAUCCCAGAACAGCACGUGGUGUAUCAGAAGCCUUCAGGGAUCGUUAUAUCACCUAGAAUGUCUAAUGACGCCAGAAUGCAGAGUCCUAAAGGAACGGCACAAGGGGAAGGAAUGACAUCGCCCCUUUUGUCUAACAUGAUACUGAGUACAUCUCCACAAAAUAUAAACUCUGUUGGAAUAGCUUCACCUAAUGCAUUACAACAACGAUCGCCCGGCCAAGUUACCGUUGUGAGGAUGCAACAACCACCUUUAAGCCCAAUUCAAGCCAUGCAUUUGCCUCAUGGAGCUAGGACAAUGUUGUCUCCUAACAGACCUAGUUCCGUUUUAGUACAAACGCAAGGAGCACCAUUACAUUUUAACCGACUACCUGUUACUCCUGUUUUGGCUCCGAUAACCAAACAAAUUACUGUAAAUAAUGUAGUUCAACAGAAUAAAAUGAUCACUGUUAGCACCAGUUCACUUAUCCACCAGCAAAAGCUGAUAGCUGAAGAAAAACGGAAAAGUGACCAGAGAAAUAUUGGCGAAAAUAUGAAUGAAGGUUCUAAAAUAAUAUUGUCUCCAACUAGUUUACCUCAGAAUGCAAACCCUACAGUUCUGGCACAAAAUCGCUUGAUAACCAUGCCGUUGCAGCAUGCCGCUGUACACGUGGGAAACAAGAACUCGCCGAUACAUUUGGGAAAUAAAGUUUUAAUCAAUAACAUAAAUCAUUUGAACGAGAAGCGAGAAAGUAAUGUGCAAAAAUCAGAGCAACUAAGUCAUGUACCAUUUGGAACAAUACAUGUGGCUGGUGUGAAUAAUUCUUCAGCAUCAAUAAUUCAAAGUGUAAACAAACCGGUGAUGUGUGCUAUUCAAGAAGCUAGUACUAUUAGCAGGACCCAUGGUUCUAACGUAAUUCAUUCCUUAAGUUCUCAGAGAUUACUCACUACAGCACCUAUAACAAUCCAUUUGGACACCAGCAAAGGCCCUCCGUCAGUACUUUCGAUGGCAACUAUUAGACCGCCGACGGUAUUGACGAAAUUAGAUUCUUCAAAAUCCAUAGCUGCUACCACAACUUGUAUCACUAAUGUGGUUAUGACCCCACUUAUAUUAAAAACCACCAAAACACCCGGGACGAUCAAAUUGAAUCCUAAAAAUGAAACAGAACGAAUGAAUUCGUUAACUGAUGACAAAUUCGUAAAUGUUCCAACCACAUCCAAUCACGUGCCCCGAGAGAGUGAAGCUAGACACGAGGAACAAAACGACCCGGGAAGAGUAGCAUCAUCAACAUCAUCGGCAAAUCGUCAACCUUCUCACUCCCCAAUAGAAACAAUAGCUAAGUGUGAAACGGAUUUUGAAGAAUUGUUGAGAGAUACAACCAAUGAAAUUAAAGUGACAAAUGACCCUGAAAAGAAAUUGGAAGUGAAUGUUGGAAAAACUAUCACACUUGUAACUACACAGCCUCGUGAAAGAAAGCAGAGUACUGAUAUUUCGAGAAAAGAAGAUUCUGUGAAGAAAACCCAACCUUCAAUUGAACAGUCGGUCGUGGAAUCAGUUUUUAAAAAUCAGAUUACGAACAUAUUAGUAAAUCAAAAUGCGGCUUCGUCAAGCCAAAAUAGUCUAUCUCUAUCAAUUCCAAAAUCUCCCCGAAAUCAUCAAAAUGAAGAGUCAAAUAAAGUUCAAAACAUUCAACUUGGUAAAGAAAACAAAGAUACAUCAUCAAAUAACGAUUCAACAGCAAAUAAUAUAGAAAAUAACACUAACAAAGAUUCUGGUAUUAACAACAUUUCAAAUAAUGAGAUUCCUUUGGCUGCAAUUUCAAAUACAAUUAUUAACGAACCCGGAAGAUCGUCUGAUUUUGGAAAUCCGGUAAAAUCCGACCAAUUUUUCACGAUUAGUAUGUCUAAGAGUAAUGACAGUUGUGAUAGUCAAUUGAGGGGUCUGGAUGAAAAUGACUCGUGGAGUGCUAAAGAUGUAAACAUUGAUUCUGUUAUAAAGAAAGUUGAUUCUUUGUGCAACGAAAAUUCCGAAUUUAAUGAAAGCAGAGAUGACAAUGUAAGUAAUGAACUAAACCAUACACUAAAUCUAGUUGAGACUAGUACUGUAGAUACUUUUCCACCAGAAGUUGAAGCUAAAUCAAUGGAAGUACAGUACGAAACUGUUGUUGAAACAAGUAACACCGAAGAUAUCAGCAAUUUAGGUAAAUCCUCAGCUCCUAAUAAGAGGGGUGGGCGUAAUGUUAGAGGUAAAAGGGCAGAGAAAAAUCAAGAUAGGAUACAGACUCGCCAAAUUUCUAAACCCUCAAGGGGUGGCUCCACUGCUAAACGUGGGAGAGGACGAGCUAAAGUGGACAAGAAACUUAAGAACUCUGUAAAUAACAGCAUCAACAAUAUUCCUGGAGACGUCUACGAUUUUCACGAGGAUUCGGGAGACGAGACGACAUCUAAUAAAACCGAGGCACGGCCGAGAUUGAUUUUGACCAUCAAAAGUCCUCUCUCUGGACACUGCGCCACAUCGACUUCUUCUCUGAGCAUCACACCCAAAGAUCAGCCGAAAAUACAAGACAAGGUAAACAGGGAAGAGAAGCCGGAAGAUUUCGCGUCGCCUUCGCUGAACACUCGUAAAUCUAGAAGACUCCAAGAGAAGGACGUUCAAAAGACCACCGUAGACGACACCAUGGAGGAGUUCGUGAGAAGUCCAGCGGCCCAAGCGAAAGGAGGGAAGAGAAAACCGGCGCGACAGGGAGCGAAGCCCGGGCCGCCCGACACGCGCAAGUCGCCGCGCGGCGCCAAGCGCACCCGCGACCGCAGCCUGUCCGACGCCUCCGUCGACAGCGGCGACGAGAGGCUCCACCGAAACCUGGAGACCAGCAGAGAAGCCAAGGCGCCAAAGUUGGCCGAAUCGAUCGUCCCCGCUCCCGCCAAGCCCGAGCCGGAGGUUCCGCCGCCGGCGCCCAAAGCGGCCCCGCCGCCGCCGGUCGUCGCGCAGGCGGCGCCGGCCCCCGCCCCGGCCCCGGCCUCGGCCCCGGCUCCGACGCCGACCCCGAACCCGACGCCGAUCAUGAAGCCCCCGAAGAAGAUGAUAUCCGAGAUAAGCGCGAAGCUCGCCGGCGCGUUCGACACGGCGACCGUGAUGACGCCGGCGCGGCCCGCCGUGGGCCAGGCGCAGUUCGCGGCGGCGGAGAGCGCCGAGAAGCCGCCGCCGCCGCUGCGCGAGCCGGCGCCCGCCGCGCCCGCCGCGCCCGAGCCCGAGUUCCGCGCCGAGCCGCCCGAGUACGGGCGCCGCCUGGGCGACAGCGUGCCCGGCAACAUGAUGCCCGUGGGCGCCACCGAGGCCACGGACGCGCGCGUGCAGUCGCCCGCGCUGCCGCACCGCCCGCCCUCCUCGCACCGCGCCACACCAGUCCUGAUGAGAGGCGGAGAGAGCGAAGGAGCGAUGGGCAUCGGCCUGGCCGGCGUGGGAGCGGGAGUGGGCCCGGUGCCGGGGCUGGGCCACGUGGGCGUGGGCCCCGGCGUGGGCCCGGGCGGGUCGCGCGGCUUCCGCGGCGCCUACGCCGGGCCCGCCAGCCUGCCGCGCGGCGCGCACCACCCGCCGCACCCGCAUGCGGCGCCCGCGCCGCACCACGUCAAGCAGGUCGCCGUCAUCGGCUCUCACGCUGCCCUCCCAGGUGCCGCUUCACGAGUUACCCUUACAACAGUUCCGACCAUCAGCCCUCAAGGACAAAUUGGACUGGGCGACGGGAUGUACCCUCACUUCUCUCACCAACACUACCAGGUGUAUCAACAACAUUUCCGUGCCACUCAACACGAAAACAGGGCUACUGCAUCUCCUUACACCAGGAGCUUGGAGGCGGAGGGCUGCGAGGCGCCGACGCCGCCGCUGGAGCUGCGCCGGCCGCCGUCCGCGCGCGUGCCGCGCCCCGCGCACUCGCCCGCGCCCCAGACGGAACGACUCAUCAUGUACGCAGUAGGCUGCGGCCGCUCGCCGCCGCCGGCGCACGGCACGUCGCGGCUGCCGGGCGCGCUGCCACCGUCGGCCGCGCCCGGCCCGCCGCACGCGUCGCAGGUGCCGCGCGAGGCUGACUCGCUCCAGACACUGCUGCGACGCUACCCCGUAAUGUGGCAAGGGCUGCUAGCCCUGAAGAACGACUCGGCCGCGGUGCAAAUGCACUUCGUGGGCGGCAACCCGGGCGUGGCGGGCGACACGCUGCCCGUGCUGGCCGACGGCUCCACGCCGCUGCUGCGCAUCGCGCAGAGGAUGCGCCUCGAGCCCGCGCAGCUGGACCAAGUGCACCGCAAGAUGAAGCUGGAACACGAACACUGCAUACUGCUGGCGCUGCCGUGCGGGCGCGACCACAUGGACGUGCUGCAGCAGUCCAACAACCUCACGGCCGGCUUCAUCACCUACCUGCAGCGCAAGCAGGCCGCCGGCAUCGUCAACGUGGCGCCGCCCGGCCACCAGCAGGCUCUAUUCACCGUACACAUCUUCCCGUCGUGCGACUUCGCCAACGAGAACCUGAACCGCAUCGCGCCCGACCUCAUGCACCGCGUGGCCGACAUCGCGCACCUGCUCAUCGUCAUCGCCACCGUGUGACUUGCGCGGCCCACGCUGAGCUCGCCGCGACUACCUUCCCGCGCCUAGCUCGCCCAGCGCGCGAGCGACCCCGGAUAUACCGCCCGAGCGGCUCGCAAACUCGCGAAUCCCGCUCGCUGCCCCGGAAGUGACACCGCAUCCCCUGAUAUGGACCUUUUUAAGCGACUUAUUAAGUAACGCAUUGUAAAUAUGGCCAGGUUGUGAAACUUUUUUAAAACUUUACUUUAUCUUAGCUGUCGGACGACCUGGUGGAUUGACGAGACCCCGCGUCCGAUCGUCGAUACGAUGGCCGCCCGUAGGAAUUGAGUUGGAUUACCUCUGUGAAACUGAACUCUCGUUUAGUGGCGUACGUUAGUUAUUUAUUGUGAGCGCGCGGCGCCGCCGACUGCGAUGGCCCGCGCCGCGCGCCGUGUAAAGUCUCAUAUGUAUCUAGGUAAGCCGUCACCUAUUUAAGUGUUAGAUGUAAGUCAUAGCUUAUUUGUAUAAUACUUUUGUUAUAGUCGACCGGGUUCGACGUUAUUCGGAGUUUAAAUUUAUAAAAAAAAAUAUGAUAAUAAAUGGCAAAGUCAGUUAUAAAAAUAUUUUUAAUUUUGGGUUCCGAUUAGAUGAGUGGCAAUCUAUCGAGCAUUUUUUAUUGUUAGUGUAAAUUGUUAUUUUGUUUUAAGCGAUUAGGUCUAAAGUAAUUUAAAUUCUGUAAAUACCGAAUCUAUUCAUACUAAAAUUCGAUUUAUUCGCUUAAGUCAUUACGGUAGAUAAUGGAAAAACUCACGAUUACUGGGUGGAAUGAAUACUGUUUAUUUGUAAAAUUAUUAUAGACGAGAAACGUAAUUACAGUAAGAAAAUAACACAUGAAAAAUAAACUGUGAUUCUGACUAAUUAUUAUAGACUUUAGGUAGUCUUAUGGGGCAACAAGGGCGAUAUUCGCAAGCUGAGUUCGAACUGUUCGUAUCGAUUGUGACAGACGCACGAGGGAGCUAUACUUAAUUCUAAAUUAGUCGGUAAGAACGGGUUUACACUUGGCUUCGGCAGGAUAAGGAAAAAGUGGCCGUGCGAGUAUCGCUCUUCGCGAUAUUCAUUGUUCCGAUAGCUAGCUGUCAAUGAAGGUAUGAAUGGAUGUCAGAAUGACACUAGUGGAAUGUGUAUUUGCGGUCAUUCUUUACACUCAUCAUGACUCAUCCCCCCGCAACGGUUUCCUAUACCCCGAUUAAUGCAUUUCAUACAAAACUCCUCUCGUGAUCGCUUACACAGGAAUACUUAGCCGCCAAUUGCGGAGUAUUCGUGUGUGAUCGUUUCCUAUUAGUAUUGAAUCAACCCAGAAGUCAGUACUCUGUCUCGCUUAUGUUCUUGCUUUGCACCUUGUAACGGUAAUUUAAACUUAAUUUUCCAGAUAAUGAGUUAAUUUUCUUUUUUUUUUUUAAGUGUGUCCAGUCUACGCAAUAAUUGCACUGCUUAUUAUUAUUCUUACUGUUAAAAGGUACAAAGUCCAGCUCCGAUAAAGCGGAUCGAAUGCAAAUGAUUUAGAAAAAGUAUGUAAAUGAUUAAUUAACCUUAAAAUGUAACUUAAUCUGAUUUAAAAUGAUCGCUCUCCAUUUGACGUCGCCGUAGUCGGUCAAAAAUUCUUCUAUUUGUUAACGCGUUGAUUGAUUUCUUUAUUUAAUGUUAGGUUUUGUGUAAGUGCUUCAAUAAAUCUUAUAAUGUCGUAAUUAAAAUUUUGAUUGGUAACAAUUUGUGUAUGUUAGGGACAAUAGUUUUGCAGAUUCGCUCCGUUGUAGCUCGUGUGCUCUCUACCGCGCCCGCCGCGCCGCCCCUCUGCUUCUACUAUUAACAAUACUCCUCACAUUGACCGCCGACCUCCGCUUUGUCUUUCGAUUUUUAACGAUAGCAAUAAUUGGAACACCGCGGAAACUAACAAUAUUGUACUUCUCAUAAGUUUCGAUCGUCUGCAUGCAGUUAAUUCGUGUAUUUGUGCAAGUGAGCAACUGAGCCAUCUGUAGUGUGUUAACGUUUCGAUUAACCGGCAUCUCGCAUAACAUUGUAUAGUUAGAUAAUGGUGCGACUGUGCUGUCGUACGUAAAAACAAAGUACAAAAUAUUUUAUGUAUUGUAAUUUUAUAUUUACGAUAUAGAAAAUAAUAGCACAGGUAAUAUUAUUAUGUAUAUUCUUUUAAGGUUUAAAAUUGUAGAGUAUAAAAAUAAUAUAAUAAUGAUUGUUUGUCAUGUUUCCGUCGCAAACAGUUCUCGUCUUGGCUAGGAGGAACACUAACGAACUCAUCACUUCGUCCAUUAAUUUUAAAGUAUAAUUUUAUUAGCGAACAGAUGCCCAAUAAUGUACACUAUUUAUUCUAUUCCUUAUGAAGGAAGUCAAUGUAAAUAUUAUGUCUUCAUGAAACAUAGCAGUACAGUAUUUAGACUCGAUAAUGAAAAUUUUAUGAGGUAAGAAACAAAUGAGAAUUAUAAAAAGAUGUAUUUAUUGUGGUAAUAUCGGUAUUUACUCGUUUUCCUUAUUUGUUACAAGGGUAUGAUUAUUCCCCGAUCGGGUGCCGGCUCGCGGUGCCCUCGGUCAAUAAUCAAAUCCUCGCGGUACGCUAUUAAAAUGUCAAUUAUCAAUUAAUAAAUAUUUCAUAUUUUCGUAAAGCUUUCCAUGCUCCGUAAUAUCGUUUAUUCAAACUGAAAUAUUCAUAGUUUGUUUCCUCGGCGGUGUUAAGUCGUAAGUGAAUGCAGACUUAAUAGAUUUAACUACUGUAAACUAACGUGAGAAGUAUAAUAUAGUUUUGUUUACUGACAAUCGGGCUGCGGUGGAGCCGGCCGCCGCGGCGCCGGCGGGCGCGGGCGCGGCCGCUGCCGGUGUGAGAGAUGUUAGAGUUUAAAUAUUUGUAAAAUAACAUUUGAUCUCAAGUGUGCAGCAAAAGUGACGUGCGGUUGGCCUGAGUCUCGCAGCGGCCGCGCCCGCCGCGCUCACCGCCAGUUCCGAUUAUAGCAGAGCGUAAGGAUAUAAAAAUAUUGUGAUCAUAA